AUGGUUCGACUGACCAAGAUCGAGAAGAACCGAAGAAAGCUCAUCAGCUGUAGAUUGCUCGUCUAUAAGCUCCACGCGCUACCUGUCGAAUCGUGGCGAAUCAUCGAGCGUCAUACGCGCGCGUUAAAUCUGGAACUCUGGCACAAGACGAAACACUUGCAGCAAACUGCGAAGCAGCGCAGGGCUGAUGUGAAGGCGGCUCUCCAGACUCAUGGGUGCGAAGAUCGCAUCGACGAAUACCCAAUAAGCAAGCGAUUUAUCGCCGGGAAACUCAAAAGUUGGACGGCGAUACGCGUCGCGGAGCACGUUGCAAAACUCAGAUAUCUCCUAGACGGACACUCUCGGGAGUUUGAACGAGAAAUGGCUGAGCUCGAAGGCGCAAUCGAUGAUGAGGUUGAAGAAAUCGCCGAGAUCGCGGGCAUGGAACGAGGCAGAGGGCCGAUUUAUUUCGGUGGUAUUCGUCGUGAGGCGCUGCGCAACGUGCACGGUGCUGAAAGCUACGACGAAGCCCGGAUAUGCAUGGCCGAGAGCUUCACCGGUGACAUGCCGCGGGUCUGGCCUUGGCUCGAGCGCCGGGUCUGA